AUGAGUUCAUCCAAUGGAACAACAACGUCUGCUGACCGCCCCAUUGACGUGCCAUUUAACAUCGUCAAUGGUAAUCAUAGUGAACUGAUUGCAUAUCUGGUGCUCAACAUCUGGCCAUCUCACUUCGGUCUCCCCCUUCUUCUUCUUGUCAUCAUGCUCUCGAAGAAGAUACAACGAAGUGCGGCAUUCCUGAAUAUGCUAGUGGUGUGGAUAAUAGUGGGCAUGUGCGUCCUUCACCAAUCCAAACUUGAGCUCCUCAUGAUGGAAUCAAUCUAUGGUACUUCUAGAUCGUCGACCUUGCUAUUAUAUGCAGGCAAGCAAAGUGGCGAGGAACCACCAAAGAUGCUUUGUUUGUUCCAAGCCGCGCUUAUCUACGGCAUGCCUCCGAUGACAUCAACGGCGACCUUGGCACUUGUUCUACAGAUGUUUCUCAGCGUCCGCAAGGCGUACCUUGGCGAGAAAUUGACGCCAGGUGACGGUAUCCUCAGGACGUGGCUGUUGCUUAUCGCGCCUUAUGUGGCCCUCCUACUGACCGUCAUCGCGACGGCUGUUGUGGGAGCCUCAAACCCGUCCAAGAUCUCGCGCAAUAGGCGAUUCUUCUACUGCUCUGUGGAAGCAGACCCGCUGACCGACACCAUGACUGUGGUUGCAGCUUCGAUUCUCCUGGCAACCGUGAUCCUUGAGAUCUGGACCGUGGUCUACCUCUACCGCCUGUCUCGUACCAUUAAGCGAACUGGUGGAAAGGUUUCCUCCAUCAUUGAUCUAAGUUUCCCCAUCCGCAUCAUUGCGUUCGGAUUCUAUGUCAUGAUUGCACUGAGCUUGAGUCUGCUCUCGAUUACAACACCGCGGAGCCCUGUUCCAGAUUUGAUGAUCUCAACUGCUGCCACUGUUGUCAUCGUUAUCUUUGGAACCCAGAGGGACAUUUUACAUGCACUCUUCUUUUGGUGCCACCGACCCCAGCCCGUCAAAGUCGUUCAUGAGAAGCAGGAGAGUAUUGGGACGAUGUCGCUUCCUUCUCGUAUCUCUAUUCGUUAA